AUGCCGAGUUACAUCAGCAAGGACAGCGAAGCGUACCGCGAUGUGGUCAAGGGUUUCGACACUGAGUAUUUCAAGCGCCAGGGGAUGGAGCGGUUGUCGGUCCGGGCGAAAGAGUGGAACUCUCUCGAUCAAGAGCUGAACUGGUUUCUCAGCCAGAUAGUGUACGAGGGCCCGGACGAUGCCGCAGACGAGGCCAAGCGACUCCACAAUUGGCUGUGCAACUUCACCAAAACUGGCCUCGAGGAGAUACCGGAACAUCCUGACUUUGGCGCGAACUUCCAGCAGGCAGUCCCACUGUAUCAACUACGCGACUGGCUGCUUCUACAGCGCUCGCGGCUAACGCCGACCGAACGCGCAGCGGUCAUCAGCGCCAUCAAAGGUAACUUUGACUAUGAGAAUAUCGGCGAACGGCUGCGAGUAUCGCGGCCGGAUGACGAGCUGACGAACCGCGACAAGAAAGGGAAGGAACACCAAGGCCGUCAUCGAGACCGCGGACGCGUUCACGCUGGAUGGGAACAAGACGAAAAAGAACCAUACGCUGAAGAGCAAAUCUACUACGAACAACCCGAGACGUCGGUCGGCACCGAGAACGAGGACGACGACAAGCCGGAGGAGCCGCUCUACAGCGCUGAGGAGAUCGAGCAGGCAGGGCAGGCCUUCGCCACUCAGAAGCGCAAUUUGGAAGAAGCACGAGAUCUCCUUCGACCUGUGAAGACAGCCCGGAAGUUCUACCCCGUGGAUGAGGAAAAGAAGAAAGGACCCUGUCUGAAGUGCGGCGGCAAUCACGAGACGAAGGAUCACAAGCCGAAGAGCCAGUCUGCCGACCGCGAUCGUGGACCGAAGAAGGGCUCCUCCUCGUUCGUGUUCUACAAUAGCCAGCGCGACGCCGAGAUGGAGGUGGCGAUGAUCAAGCACGACAGGUCGCUGCGCGAGCUAGAGGACACGCUGAGCAAGCCAGAUGCUCCGAAGCGCUACGACGAUAAGCUCCCGAUUCUGGCCGCGCUGGAAGAGACGAACGACUGGGUGCUGGUGAGCGUGCUGGAGAGCGCCCACUUGGGCUUGGGCAUCCUGGACAUCGGCGCUACAUCCUCCAUCGCGGGCUGCCGUGAA